GACCUGGACGGGAAACAAGUCGCGUGUACAUCUUUCGCUAGUGAUACAGCAUUUUGGCAAAUAGUUGCAAAUAUUAGUUAUAUUUACAUUGUUUCUAUUUAUAUGUAACAUUAGCCUCUCAGACGUGAUGGACGCACUCCUUUCUAGGCUCUUCUCCUCGGAAGAAGAGGAACUGUACAUUUUGGACUGCAUGGCAUACUCAAUGGUUUUCAUGGCAGCCUGCACUUUCGUUACUUUGCUUUUCGAAAAUGUCCCAUACGGACGAUACACUGACAGCAAAUAUGGAUUUCCAGUUAAUGUCAGGCUUGCCUGGUUCGUUCAGGAGCUGCCUGCGUUCCUGGUGCCUGUGUGUCUGGUAUUUUGGACACCCUGUGCGAAAACUUCACUACUGGCCAACCAACUGCUCAUUGCCAUGUACUUCUGCCACUAUGUUCACAGAUCCCUUGUUUAUCCAUUUUUAAUCCGAGGAGGUAAACCAACACCAUUCGCCUCAUUUUUCCUGGCCGUUGUUUUCUGCAUCUAUAAUGGCUACAUGCAGAUCAGAUACCUGAGCCAUUAUGCCGAGUACCCGGCACACUGGGUCACCCAUCCAUGCUUCCUCGCAGGGUCUGUGCUGUGGUUGGUCGGGUGGCUGGUGAAUAUGCACUCGGACCACAUCCUGAGGAACCUGAGGAAGCCCGGAGAGACUGGUUACAAGAUUCCCACAGGCGGAAUGUUUGAAUAUGUGUCUGGAGCCAACUUCUUAGGUGAGAUAAUAGAGUGGGCCGGCUUCGCUCUGGCUAGCCACUCUGUUCACAGUUCAGCUUUUGCCAUCUUUACCACAGUGGUCCUCGCCAGCAGGGCUGUGGCCCACCACAAAUGGUACCUCGCUAAGUUUGAAGACUACCCUAAAAGUAAAAAGGCAUUGAUUCCCUUUCUGCUCUAAAAACACAUUUGGUACUAGAAGCUUGAAAAGCUACUGGUUCUUCCAAUGGCUAAGAAUAACAUUUGCACAAUACAUUCUUAUAAUGUAGGAAAGCUAUAAUGUCAGAACAAACCUUGAAGACACAGUUGUUGUUGUUGUUUUUUUACUGAAAACAGAAUAAAUCACAGCCUGCAUGCUUUUAAAUGCUUUCAUCUGAGGUCCAAGCAAUGGUUAAAAAACAUACUUUGACAUUUUUAAAUGGAUUAGUAUCAUUACCUUUGCUUAUUACUUUGUUAAUAUUGUCCAUAAAGCACAACAUAACCUCAACAGCUAUGAACUGAAUGUAGUGAAAGUGCUAUGUUUGCUGGAGAGGCAACAUUCAGUGCCCUCCAGAGGAAAUAAGAUAUCAAAUGGAGUAUACCUCAACAGUAAUACAGUGGAUUUAUAACACUUGGCACCAGCAAGAAACACUUACAAGACUCUCCGCUGAUCUGUAGAUCCCCCCCAGAUGGAACAUUAACUUGGAAAUGCAAAGCAGACACUUACAAGUUUUUAUUCACUCUCGAGUCAUCUGUUGCAAGUGCAUCUUUUUAACAUCCUUUUGAAUUGCAAAGAUGAAAGACGAAGGACCUUGAAUGAAGUCCCAAUACAAUUCCCUCCCUCAUUUUGCUCUAGGAAAAGACUUUUUACUACUCUCUUCAUCAUCGCAAACUCCUGGAAGAGAAGCCACUUUGGAACACAAGGUAACUGCAUCGCUGUCCUGUAAAGACUUGAGACUGUAGCGGGCGUGCACACAGCUACUGGGCUGCAGGGAAAUCCACCACGGCCCUCAAUAACGCAGCCAUGCCUGAAAUGAGAAGAAGAUAGCGUUGCCUCAACACGUCACUCCUGUCGGGGCUUCUGAGAAGGAGAUCAAAGAAGAACUGGCGGAGAGAUGAAUGAGCAUGUUCCAAUUUAGACCUAAGCAACGCUGAAUGGAUGAGCUCGUGUGUGACUGAAUGGAACGAGGGAGCGUAGGAGAGAAGAUAAGAAAAGGAAACAUUGGAAUCAAUCU